AUGAGCACCUUGGCCUUGUACCGCGGCAUCUACACCCAAGAGAGCUUCCAAGAAGUCUAUGGGGUGCCCCUGGAGCCGGAGAGCAGCCUAGCAGGGAUGGUGAAGGGCAGGCUGAACCGUUGCUGCCGCUGCUCCAGAUCGGCAGCCUUGCACUUAUUUAGAAGCAGGCUGCCUAUUGCAAAUUGGCUGCCCAAGUACCAGCCGAAGAAAUGGCUUUUGGGGGACCUGGUGGCGGGGUUAACCGUGGGCGUUGUACACAUCCCUCAAGGAAUGGCCUUUGCUCUGCUCACUUCAGUGGCUCCAAUCUAUGGGCUCUACACUUCAUUCUUCCCAGCCUUAUUGUAUAUGCUUUUUGGGACAGGGCGUCAUGUGUCUACAGGCACGUUUGCUGUGGUCAGUCUGAUGACAGGCUCCGUGGUGGAGCGCUUGGUUCCCAUCCCCCAGCAGUCCAAUGGCACAGGUCCUGCUGAAGUCACCUUGUUGGAGAGACAACGCAUUGAGGUAGCUGCCGCCGUGGCCUUUUUCAUGGGGCUCCUCAUGGUCAUGAUGUUUCUGCUUCACUUGGGCUUCCUUUCCACCUACCUCUCGGAGCCAGUGGUCAAGGCCUUUACUAGUGCCGCAGCCUUGCACGUGGUGGUUUCUCAGCUACAGAGCCUCCUGGGCAUAUCCUUACCACGCCCCAAUGGCUACUUUGCUAUUUUCAAGACACUGGCAUCUGUUGUGGAAGCAUUGCCCUUAACCAACAUGGCAGAACUGCUUAUCUCUGGGCUCUGCUUAGCUGUGCUGGUACCGAUCAAAGAAAUCAACCACCGCUACCGUAGCCGGAUGUGGGUCCCCAUCCCAGGAGAGAUAAUCAUGGUGCUGCUGGCCACCGGAAUCUGUUUUGCUUCCUCUCUGAAUACCCACUAUAAUGUACAAAUUGUUGGGCACCUCCCAGCCGGGUUCCCACAGCCCCAGCUCCCAGCUCUGCAUCUGCUGCCCCAAGUGCUGGCUGACACGGUGGCCCUCGCUUUCGUGGCCUACGCCAUCUCAGUGUCCCUGGCCAUGAUCUACGCUGAGAAGUACCACUAUGUCAUUGAUCCCAACCAGGAACUUCUGGCUCAUGGUGUUUCAAACCUAGUCUCUUCUCUGUUCACCUGUUUCCCCAGUUCAGCCACUCUGGCUACAACUAACAUUUUGGAGAGUACUGGUGGACACACACAGCUUUCUGGGCUCUUCACCAGUGCCGUUGUCCUGAUCGUGUUAAUAUGGAUUGGGCCGCUCUUUCAUUAUUUACCAAAGGCUGUCCUAGCUUGUAUCAAUGUUACCAGCCUUCGACAGAUGUUUCUGCAGUUCCGGGACUUACCUGAGCUCUGGCGGAUCAGCCAUGUGGACUUUGCUGUGUGGCUGGUCACGUGGCUUUCCGUGGUUAUGCUCAGUGUGGACUUUGGCCUGGCAGUGGGGGUCGUGUUCUCCAUGAUGACCGUUGUCUGCCGCACACAGAGGGCUGAAUGCUCUGUGUUGGGCAGAGCAGCUGAUACGGAAAUCUACAAGCCUGUGAAGUACAAUAGCAAGUGCUUUGAGAUCCCAGGUGUGAAGAUCUUAAGUUACCAGGCCCCCAUCUAUUAUGGGAACCGUGGUUUUUUUAAAGAUAUUGUCAGCAAGCUUGUUGGGUUACAGCGAGACUGGGAACAUCCUGAAGAGUCACAGUUUAACAGCAGGAUCAAAAUGGACAUCACAACAGUGGAUAGCAGUGUUUGUGUCUUGGAAAAGAAGCUUAGCUCAGGCUUAGACGUACAGGCUGUGAUUUUUGACUGCAGUGGAAUAUCCUUUGUGGAUUCAUCCGGUGCACGGCUCCUUAUCCAGGUGUGUGUGGAAUGUCAAAAAGCCGGCAUACAGAUACAUUUGUCUGCCUGUAAUGCCAACGUCCUACAGACCUUGAGUUUUUGUGGCCUCAUGCAUCAUCUCACCCCUCAGCAGAUUUUUGUCACCGUUCAUGAUGCCGUUUCCUACCUCCAGCAAGCCACGGAAAACGUGGAACAGAAGGAUCCCACCAUCUGGGUAUAAUCUUCCUGCCAAGGUUAAAAGACAAUGAGAUCUACCAGGACGAAGCCAUCUGACAGAGAUUUGGGAAAGGGCAGCAGGCUGCCAACGAGACCACGUUUCUCCUGCUACCCUACCGGAAGGCUGGAUUGUCAGGAAUAAACUGACAAGGGAAGAGCAGACUGGCAAGAAGAUCCAGGCUCUUUAGAUUUAGCAGUUCCUCCCCCUGCUACAACUUCCGUGACCUGCAUAGUCCACAUCUGAAGUCUCAGGAUUGCUUUGUGCGCUCACUCUCUUGGUUCUUUCUUCUUGAACCCUUACCGGAAAAUUUUAGAAUACAGUAGCUAAACAAAAUUGUAUUUUUAAAAAAUAACCCUUUAUUACUUUCCUGGUUGUUGUGGGGGGGGGGGGCGGAUUUGAAGUCACCACAGAAUAAGCCAUGGAAGCCAAAAGGAAGAGAGCCUAGGGAAGAAGGCUCAAUGGGGGUUACAGAAAAGCUUAAUUGCCAGAAAUGAAAGGGAGCCAAUUUUGUCGAAGUACUCGUUUAUACUGGGGCAUCUCCUUUUUUUUUCUCCUUUUCUUUGCCAGAAAGAUUCUCAACCAGAAUUGCUGUUGGAACCAGUGGGACCAAAGGAUAUAAAUGCAUUAACAGCCUUUGAUUCACUAGAGAGGUUCAGCCUCUCUCUCUCUCUCUAUAUAUAUAUAUAUGAACUGAAUCCAGCCCAAUGGAUUUUUUUGCUCUAUUCUGGAGAAAUGAGCUUGCUCACACCGUUCAAUAUAACCACCUAAGCUUGAAACAACCUGCCCUAGGACCCAAGCUACAUCCCUCAUCUUAUGUUUCUCAUUAGUGGGUGGGGUAUACAGCAUUUGCACAGGUUAUUGUGAACGCUCAGAACCGAGACAACCACUCCUCAGGUUAGGUUAUUGGUUAGUGUUUGCAACUGGAGAUCUCCAUCUUACUCAAAAAGGGACAGGACCCAUUUUACACCUUUAGCAGCAUCAACUACUAUAGCGGUUUUCUUGGACUGCACCAGCUCAGAGUUGCAUGCUGAUUAUGCAUCCGUCCUCGGACAAUAAAUAUGUAAAUAAACAAACAAGCAAGCUUUUGAACUUUUAUCAAAAUUAGCAUUUCAGGCAGGGGAGCAACCAUUUCAUUAUCACAUGUUUCCUACUUACUUUGUGUGUGUGUGUGUGUAAAAAUGCAAUGUCAUUUUUAAAAGCAUUUAAGUGUAUUUAAUUUAUUACUGCAUUGUUCUGGUGGCGUGAGGAGGAUUUAAUUCCAAUUAAAACAGUACUUAAAAGUCUUAUUGUGCUUAGUACAGCUUAUUCCCAUAUGAGCAUGAAUACGAUUGCUGAUGU